UGAAUUUCAUUGAAGUGCGAAUGAAUGUAUAUUUGCCGUAUAGUUUCAACUGUUGACGUUAAUGAAUGUACAUUUUGCGUAAAUGAACAGCAAAAGGUGUAAACAUGUCUGAUGAGGUGCAGAAGAAGCUUGAUGUAGAGAAUUCCAAAGUAAACCCGGAAGAAAGCCUGAAGGAACAAGCCGCUGGUGAUAGCGAGUCUACGGAGCAGAAAAAAAAAUUUUCCGUUCUGGAGGUGAAAUCUGGACCAGAUCCUGCUGGAGACACAAGUGGAGAACACUCGAAUGAGUCUUCUUUACCAUCCAGUCCGAUUAGGAGCCCGCCAAGCCCUGAACAUUUCACUCAGGGUUACGCCAGCAACGAAGCCAUCCCCAUGACUAUCUUCUAUCGCAGUCAGCACUCGCACGGACACGGUGGAAAACAACGGCCCACACUGCAGCAACUACGAAAAGGCUUAGAAAAUGACAAGGCCGAAUUUACAGAGGAAACUGCCCCUCUGGGUGAUAGCAAAUUAGAGGAUGGCCAGGAUUCCAUAGAAAUAAGAAAUGUGAAGAGUGCACCAAAGUUUGGUUGGAUCAAAGGUGUGCUUUUUGGCUGUCUGCUCAACAUAUGGGGUUUGAUACUUUAUUUACGGCUCUCCUGGGUGGUGGGACAAGCUGGAAUAGCUUUGGCUUCUCUCAUUGUGAUCAUGUCUGCUGUGGUAACUACUCUGACAACAUUAUCAUUAUCUGCAGUUUGUACCAAUGGUGAAGUCAAAGGAGGUGGCACCUAUUAUCUCAUUUCCCGCAGUCUAGGGCCUGAGUUUGGAGGCUCCAUUGGCAUAAUCUUCUCAGUAGCCAGUGCUGUGGCAACAGCAAUGUACGUGGUUGGUUUUUCAGAAACAGUGCGGGAUAUUCUGCGGGACAACAGCUCCCUUAUGGUAGAUGAGUCCAAUGACAUACGCAUUGUAGGCCUCAUAACUGUUGUCAUUCUCCUCUGCAUCACCAUGAUUGGGUUAAAGUGGGUUGUACGUGCACAAAUGUUACUUCUCAUAGUACUAGUUAUUUCCAUUCUUAAUGUGCUGAUUGGCACUUUCAUUGGGCCACAAUCUGACGAAAGCAGAAGCAGAGGUUUUGUGGGGUACCAAAAGGAAGUGUUUAAGACCAAUUUGAGUCCUGACUACAAAGGCGAGAGUUUCUUCUCUGUCUUUGCAGUCUUCUUUCCUGCUGCAACAGGGAUUUUAGCUGGGGUGAAUAUAUCUGGUGAUCUCAAAGAUGUGCACAAGGCUGUUCCAAAGGGGACCUUGCUGGCCAUUCUAAUCAGCACCAUUGUGUAUGUCAUGCUUGCUUGGUUUGUGGGUGGAUGCGUCGAAAGAGAAGCUCUGGGGUUUGUGCAGGAGGUGUUGCAAAAUACAGCCAAUAAGACUUUGGCUUCUUGUGAAGAACAGGAGUGUAGAUAUGGGCUUCUAAACAAUUUUCAGGUUAUGGAGGAAGUGUCCGGAUGGGGUCCAAUUGUAACAGCAGGCAUCUUUGCAUCCACUUUGUCCUCUGCUCUUACGAAUCUUAUCGGGGCACCCAAAGCAUUCCAAGCAGUUUGCAAAGAUAAGCUUUUUCCUUACAUAGAUUUCUUUGGUGUAGGUUAUGGAUCUGGCAAUGAACCUCGCAGAGGUUACAUCUUGGCUUUCUUCGUGGCGGCAGCGUUCAUUGCCAUCGGAGAUCUCAACGUGAUUGCCCCAGUCAUCUCCAGCUUUAACCUCAUUAUUUACGCUCUCAUCAACUACGCCGUGUUUGCUGCCUCGUUGUCGCGUUCUCCGGGAUGGCGGCCCUCGUUUAAGUACUACAACAUGUGGGUGUCGCUGUUAGGGGCCUUGCUGUGUAUCGCUAUGAUGUUCCUUAUCAACUGGUGGGCCGCACUGUUGACAAUUUUCAUUGUGCUGAUAUUGUACAAGUAUGUCGACUUCACCAAACCUAAGGUGAAUUGGGGAUCAUCUGCGCAAGCGUACGCUUUCGUGCAGGCCUUGCACUACACUCACCGGUUGGAUGGAAUUGGUCAUCACGUGAAAAACUUCCGUCCACAUUGUUUAGUGCUAACCGGACAUCCACACGACCGACCCAACCUUACAUACCUAGUGUCUCAGAUCACUAAAAACGUCAGCCUUAUGGUGUACGCUAAUGUGAUAAAGGAACCUUUUGGAAUGCUCCCUGAAGACGAAUCAGAUGUCGAGUGGAUGAGAAAACACAAGAUCAGAGCUUUCCGCGCUGUGACCGCAGCGCCCAGUCUCCGCACGGGGGUGCAGUCCAUGAUUCACCUCACCGGACUGGGAAAGAUGCGGCCAAACACGGUUGUUAUGGGCUAUAAGAAUAACUGGACAGAUAAGAGGUACUUAAGUGAGGUAGUAGACUAUCUUGGCGUAAUUAACGACGUCUUCGAGCUCAGUUAUGGUCUGGUCAUUUUUCGAAUGAACGAAGAACAGAAUAAAAAUUUUAUCGUAGAGAAGGUGGAUGAAAGCUCUUCGUCGGAUUCGGACUCGAUUAUGGAAGGAGACGAAUAUCCUAAGCCCAAACGUUCCUCUACGGGGAAAAAGUUAGCAAACGAAGAGAGAGAAAGUCUUACUAGCCCUGAGAAGGCGUCCGAACCAACGUCCGAAUCUUCGCCGACACCGGAGGUCAAGAUUGCAUUGAAAGAGAAACAAACGGGCACCAUCGAUGUCUGGUGGCUGUACGAUGACGGUGGUCUGACAGUAUUGCUGCCGUACCUGCUGACACUUCAUGGUGCCUGGAAGAAGUGCAAAUUGAGGUUUUUCUCGGCUAACUUUCGCUCCAAACACGAGGUGAAUCCGCAAGGUUUGCAAAUGGCAAACUUGUUAAAGAAGUUCCGCUUUGACGCUAGCUGCGUGGAGCAAGUUGAAAUCGGCAAUGAACCGCCGUCGAAGGAGAGCAUGGAUGCUUUCAGACGUCUGCCAGUCAAAGAGGAGCUUGGAGAAGAGCCUAUCAAAGACCAGAAAGUUCUGAGAACGAUUCGCAUCGGAGAACUUGUGCGACAGCACUGCUCAGAAGAGACAAGGUUGGUCGUAAUCUCCAUUCCAGUCCCCGUCACUGACGUCACAACUCCUUUGAUGUACAUGAGUUGGCUUGAGGUGAUGUCCGCUGACUUACCGCCGGUGCUACUCGUACGUGGCAAUCAAACCAAUGUGUUGACAUUUUACUCUUAGUUAAGACAUUUAUUUUUUGGUCAUAAACCUUUUCCUUCCCUACAUAAGCGUCCUAUGAAAGUAGUUUUUUUUCUAGUUUGAUAGUUUAGCGAACUCAACUCAUUCUAAUAAAUAUUACUGACGAAACAGAGAAAGCGAAGCUAAGAAACUUGUUCUUUUUGAAAAUCUAAACAGUUGACGUCUUUUAAGCUAAUUCGUGCAACCGACUAACCAGCGUUCCUUAUGUACGAUCUUAUGGAAAUGUUCGAUAAGAACCAAUAUUUUAGGGGAACCCCUUUAAAUUACAUUUUAGGGGAACCCCUCUAAUAUUACACCUUGGGAACGUCAUAUCAAGGUAUCGAAUUGUUUAAGGACACGGAACAGUAGUCGCAUUAGUGAAGUGUUGUUGAGGGAGCUUUUGCCAAAAGUUCCAAUAACGACGCCUCUCUAAUGCAAAAGUAAUAUGUGUAGGUUUUUAAAAAUAUUGCAAAGAUUAGCAAGAUGGGAAUGUCUGUCACAAUUAUUAGAUGAAAUGAUCAUUUCAUGGAAAACAGCAGCAGUUUUAAACGUAAAUAACAAAAUGCACUCGCGUCCAUAUGUGAUUUAUCUUACGUAUCGGAAGAAGACAAUGCUUGAGGUUGAAAGAGUUUUUGAAAUAGGACCAGUCAAGGAGUAAAAAUUAAGCUGAAUCGCCAUUAAUUUCCAGCAUCGCGGUAUCACUUCGAUCACGUUCUCCAGAAGAUGACAGAGUAACUCGGUGAUAGUUAAUUAGAAAUCCUUCAAUCACGAUCAUGUACUUAUAAUUGGUAACAUUGUAAGCUAUCCCACUUAAAACCACAUGGUGUUAAUGAAGAUAUUUUCACGUGGUUUUCAAGAGGACAGAGAUAAAUCCCAGUGUAAAAGCUAUUUUACGAUAGGGUAAAAUGACAUAGAAUUAUAUUGAGCCUGUGUCGAGGCUUUGUAUUGACAAGGCGACUGCUUCUGCCAUAAUCAUUGGCACCAGGUAUUAUAUUUUAGCAAUAAAAAUU